AUGACCUCUCUCCCGCUAACAUACGUGGAGGCGGCACGCCAUGAUGUGAUGGAUGAUCAAAACCUGCUACCUCCUCAAGCCGCUGCCAGCUCCGUUGGAGAGUCAGCGCCGUCGACGACGCCGCAGCCCAACGGUGCAGAGGUUCCUACAGCCUCUGCCCACCGCAACGUCGUGGACACCCAGCCACCGUCACUGUCGGAAUCUGACACAGGUGUUCCUAGCGACCGAGACUGUGUCGAGCCCCGCCCUUUAGUGGAUGUCGAAUCUCGGACCCGAAAGCAAAGAUCACCCAAGCGACACAAGAAGAGGCGAUUGUCAGCUGAAGAACAGGACAGGGAUGUGAAGCCGGCGGAAGACAUCGACUUCGUUGACUCGUCCACAAUUGCAACGGCCUCCAGUGGCAUCAUUCACCAGAAGGUGCCUGAAGACAAGGAACACUCUCCUAAAUCUGGUGGCCCAGAAAACGAGGCGCAUUGCGUCGACUCCUGUGAAACCGACCAGCCCCCAAUGACAUCACAAUCGUCUCUUGGUGAUUGGGCAGACGAUAUGGAGGCAGAUGAUGCACAGCAAACAUUGAUAUCUCCGCCAGAGCCCAUGGCUGACAUUGAGCCCGGAGGGCUCUGCCAUAAUACAACAGAGCCGGCGGCGGUCGUGGAUCCUGUUACUACCUCUGAAAAUGUUGCACUUAAUGUUAAUGACUUUCCGUCUUUAAAACCUGCAUUAACUGCUGAAAUUCCGUCCCGUGACAGCGAGAUUCCCACAAAAAAUCGUCCUCUAGAGGACACUGAAAGAAAUGUUGAUGAGGACUCUUCCUGUGAAACACCCGUUGCCAGGAGGCCGAAGCCCAGUCCUGAAGAUCUGUUAGAAGUGGAAAAAGGAGAUGGAAUGACGGUCGAUGUGGCUCCCACUUCCGCACAAGGACUUACACCGCCACGAACAGAUAGUGACGCAGCGGAUAGUGAUUUUUCACGGAAAUGUGACCCUGAGCCUGAGGUCACGGCUGAAAUAACCGCAUCAAGUGCACAACCCAUACAGUGCAAACCGUACGAGGAAGUACCAGGUAAAGAACCUGCUGACUCCGAAGCGCAACGCCGCGCCGAAGGAGGAAAUACACAAGCAUCACCGCCUCGCCAGCAAAACAACACAACAGACACCACGCCGGAGCCAAACAUUGACGACUCGCAAGCCACGGCCGUUGCCCCAUUUAGCCACCGCCGGCGGCUGCGACAGACACCGGGUCUUGCUGUCACGCGUCAUCAAGCGAAAGUCACACCAGAGAAGAAAGACAUAAAGAAAAAGAAUAUUAAAUAUGAAGUCAUCAGGGCCAACACUGACGAGGAGAAAGAGAAUGGCCACAGUGACUUAUAG